UGAUGCCAUGAUUCUUGCAUGACUGAAGCUGGAGGUCUAUUUACUGACACAAAAAGCUCUUCGCUGACGUCCUUUCCUUCCAAGCUUCAUGCCUCCCAGUGGUUCUCGCGAAACAGUCGCUGAAGGUCCAGUUUCUAUUGUCUCCAAGAGUCUGCUCAAGCACGAAGGGCAGACUCAGUGGAUUGCGAUAAAGACAUCUACCAUCCACCGUAAAUAUGCCAAAGAACCACACGACAUCAGUCAAAGAGGCGAGGCUAAUCGCCUUGGCAUGUCAUCCAAAUGUGAGUCUUGCGCCGAAUGGUAUGGCAGGUCUUACUUUUUAUCAUAGGUGGUUUCUAUCCUAGGCCAUAGUAUCGAUUCAGGCCUCCAGACUAUGAGCUUUUGGAUGCCAUAUAUACCUUUUUCUUUGAUCGGAUUGUUAUCUUCAAAUGACUUUUCCCCUCAUCCACUUGUUUCAAUUAUGGCCGCAGAUCCGUCAAAUCCGAGUCCACGCGAGCAGCGCUUCGUUCUUCUUGCGAAAUCAUUGAUGUUUCAAAUCCUAAACAGUGUGACAUUCCUUCACGACACUGUCAGGAUUGCACAUCGGGAUAUCAAACCAAGCAACAUACUUCUUACUUUAUCUGGCCGUGUUCAGCUCAUUGACUUUGGCAUAUCCUGGAAGGAAGGGGAAGAUUCUUCUGCAAAGAAAAACGAUCUAUGGGUUGAAACCCCGGAGAAGAUGUACUUUGAAGUCUCUACAGGACCAUACCGCGCGCCCGAGCUGCUGUUUGGGCCCAGGAAUUAUGAUGCAUUCGCGGUAGACUCUUGGAGCCUCGGAACAACCUUUGCGGAAUUUUUCACUUCUGUUCGUCUUUUUAACCCGCUUGACGACGAGCAAUUCGACUUUGAGGGGGAUGAGCAGUCUGAGUCAGACGACGAAAGCCCGGCGAAGCCAGCCCAGCCAUUCAUUAUACCAAAGGGACUUCGCAUCGGAGACCCCUCGAACAGGUGGGCUAGGGAUUCACUAUUCGAUUCCGCACGUGGAGAGAUUGGUUUAGCUUGGAGCAUUUUCAAGACACGAGGCUCACCCAAUGAGACAAAUUGGCCGUCCUUCUUGAGCUUGCCGGACGCAGACAAGCUGUCCUUUGUGGAUGUGCAGCCUGUUGAUCUUCUCUCUAUCCUACCCAAUUUUCCUUCAUCAGCACAGCAGCAUGAGGUCGACACGAAGACACACAUGCCCCCAGAGACGAUGUCACCAACUUUUGUUGAUCUAGUCCACCGGUUCCUUGUAUACGAACCAUCUCGGCGUCUCCGCCCUUCCGGGGCAUUGACUCACCCCUGGUUCACCUCCGAACCACCGUUACUUCUACCAGAUGACUUCCCUACUUCCAGUGCCCUAGGUGAGGCUUCAAUGAGUCUUAGCUGGGGCGGAAAGGCUCUGGGAGAAUGGCUUUCAGAUGUUCAUCCUCAGUGGCGCGAUUCGAAGGGAUGAGUAGAGCGAGAGAUACGAUGUCAUCAUUUGAUACACAAUGCAUAUAAUUCACAUAGCAUGUAGAAAGCACGAACUCAACCAUUACAAUGCAAGUCUUUCAAGCUGCUG